GCGGGGCGCGCGCGCAGAGGACCGCUCCCUCCCGUCUUCCUCGCGAUCCACCGGUCUGCGUUCCCAGAUCCGCCGCGGAGCCGAGGGCGAAGGGGGCGCGGCCGGGACGAACCGGGGGCAGGGUGCCCGGGGCGGGGGGGCCGUGACCCGGCGGCUGGGCAGGCGGGAGGGUAGACCGGCGAGCCUCGGAGAGGAAUCGGGGCGCGCAGACCCUGGGCGGACGUGACACUGACGGGGCUGAGGGCCAGAAACUUCGCAGCGCUGCGGGGCUCCGGGACGCGCCCGCCGGAGCGGUCCCCGCGGUCCCCCGCCGUGCGCGCGGCAGGUGGACAGGUCCUGGCUCCCAGCGCCAGGCGCCCCCGCCCCCGCCCCCGCCGCGGCCCCCGCCCCCGCCCCCGCCCCUGCAGCCAUGGGCCCGCGCGCCCGCCGCGCCGCCUGCGUCCCGCGCCCGGUGCUCUGCGCGCUCGCCUUGAUGGUGGCCGCCGGCGGCCGCGUCGCCUCCGCCUUCAACCUGGACACCCGAUUCCUGGUGGUGAAAGAGGCCAGGAACCCGGGCAGCCUCUUCGGCUACUCGGUCGCCCUCCAUCGGCAGACGGAGCGGCAGCGGCGCUACCUGCUCCUGGCUGGUGCUCCCCAGGACCUCGCUGUGCCUGAUGGCUAUACCAACCGGACCGGUGCCGUGUACCUGUGCCCACUCACUGCCCACAAGAACGACUGUGAGCGGAUGGACAUCUCAGAGAAAAGUGACCCUGACCAUCACAUUAUUGAGGACAUGUGGCUCGGGGUGACUGUGGCCAGCCAGGGCCCUGCGGGCAGAGUCCUGGCUCAGGCUGUGUGUGUUGGGGGUGUGUGUCCCCAGGUCUGCGCCCACCGCUACACCCAGGUGCUAUGGUCAGGAUCGGAGGACCAGCGGCGCAUGGUGGGCAAGUGCUAUGUGCGGGGCAAUGACCUCGAGCUGGACCCCACUGAUGAUUGGCAGACCUACCACAAUGAGAUGUGUAAUAGCAACACUGACUACCUGGCAACAGGCAUGUGCCAGCUGGGCACCAGCGGUGGCUUCACCCAGAAUACCGUGUACUUCGGGGCUCCCGGUGCCUACAACUGGAAAGGAAACAGCUACAUGAUUCAGCGGAAGGACUGGGAUUUAUCCGAAUUUAGUUAUAAGGACCCAGAGGACCAAGGAAACCUCUAUAUUGGAUACACGGUGCAGGUGGGCAGUGCCAUCCUGCAUCCCACGGACAUCACCAUUGUGACAGGUGCUCCCCGACACCAACAUAUGGGUGCUGUCUUCUUGUUGAGCCAGGAGGCAGGUGGAGACCUGCGGAGGAGGCAGGUGCUGGAGGGUACGCAGGUGGGCGCCUAUUUUGGCAGCGCCAUUGCCCUGGCAGACCUGAACAAUGAUGGGUGGCAGGACAUCCUGGUGGGAGCCCCAUACUACUUUGAGCGGAAAGAAGAGGUAGGGGGUGCCAUCUAUGUCUUCAUGAACCAGGCAGGCACCUCCUUCCCUGCCCACCCCUCCCUCCUUCUUCAUGGCCCGAGUCGUUCCGCCUUUGGCUUCUCCGUGGCCAGCAUUGGUGACAUCAACCAGGAUGGAUUCCAGGACAUUGCUGUGGGAGCCCCGUUCGAGGGCUUGGGCAAAGUGUACAUCUACCACAGCAGCUCCAGGGGGCUCCUCAGAGAGCCGCAGCAGGUAAUCCAUGGGGAGGAGCUGGGACUGCCUGGCUUGGCCACCUUUGGCUACUCACUGAGUGGGCAAAUGGAUGUGGAUGAGAACUUGUACCCAGACCUGCUAGUGGGGAGCCUGUCAGACCGCAUUGUCCUGCUGCGGGCACGGCCUGUCAUCAACAUCCUCCACAAGACACUGGUGGCCAGGCCAUCCGUGCUGGAUCCUGCACUCUGCACAGCCACCUCCUGUGUGCAGGUGGAGCUGUGCUUUGCUUACAACCAGAGUGCUGGGAACCCCAACUACAGGCGAAACAUCACUCUGGCCUACACACUGGAGGCCGACCGGGACCGCCGCCCCCCUAGGCUUCGCUUUGCACGCAGCCAGUCAGCUAUCUUCCACGGCUUCUUCUCCAUGCCAGAUAUGCACUGCCAGAAGCUGGAACUGCUCCUGAUGGACAACCUCCGUGACAAACUCCGUCCCAUCGUCAUCUCCAUGAACUACUCUCUGCCUUUGAGGAUGCCUGAGCGCCCCCGGCUGGGGCUGAAGUCCCUGGACCCCUAUCCGGUCCUGAAUCAGGCGCAGGCUCUGGAGAACCACACCGAGGUCCACUUCCAGAAAGAGUGCGGCCAGGACAACAAAUGCGACAGUAACUUGCAGAUGCAGGCGGCCUUCGUGUCCGAGCUGGGGCAGCCGCUGAGCAGGCUGCAGUACAGCAGAGACGGCCGGAAACUGUUCCUGAGCAUCGACGUGACCAACACCCCGAGCAGGGAGCGCGCUGGGGAAGAUGCCCACGAGGCGCUGCUCACCCUGGCGGUGCCUCCCGCCCUGCUGCUGUCCUCAGUGCGCCCCGCUGGGAUGUGCCAGGCCAAUGAGACCAUUGUCUGUGAACUGGGGAACCCCUUCAAACGGAACCAGAGGGUGGAGCUGCUCAUUGCCUUCGAGGUCAUCGGAGUGACCCUGCACACAAGGGAGCUCCAGGCGCAGCUGCAGCUCUCUACGUCGAGUCACCAGGACAACCUAUGGCCCAUGACCCUGACUCUGCUGGUGGACUACACACUCCAGGCCUCACUCAGCAUAGUGAAUCACCGGCUACAAAGUUUCUUUGGGGGGACAGUGAUGGGUGAAUCUGGCAUGAAAACUGUGGAGGACGUGGGAAGCCCCCUCAAGUAUGAGUUCCAGGUGGGCCCAGUAGGAGAAGGGCUGGCAGCCCUGGGGACCCUGGUCCUAGGGCUGGAGUGGCCCUACGAAGUCAUCAAUGGCAAGUGGCUGCUGUACCCCACAGAGAUCACCAUCCACGGCAAUGGGUCCUGGCCCUGCCGACCACCUGGAGACCUUGUCAACCCUUUGAAUCUGACUCUCUCUGUCCCUGAGGACAGACCCCCAUCUCCACAGCGGAGGCGGAGACAGCUGGACCCAGGGGGAGACCAGGGCCCCCCACCAGUCACUCUGGCUGCUGCCAAAAAAGCCCAGUCUGAGCAAAAGCUGACCUGUGGCAGUGACCACACGCGCUGCGUGUGGCUGGAGUGUCCCAUUCCUGAUACCCCUGUCAUCACCAAUGUGACAGUGCAGGCGCGAGUCUGGAAUAGCACCUUCAUUGAGGAUUACAGAGACUUGGAUAGAGUCAGUGUAGCCAGCUGGGCUACCUUGUUCCUCCGAACCAGCAUUCCCACCAUCAACAUGGAGAACAAGACCGUGUGGUUCUCCGUGGACAUUGACUCUGACCUGGUGGAGGAGCUGCCAGCGGAGAUCGAGCUGUGGCUGGUGCUUGUGGCUGUGGGUGCCGGGUUGCUGCUCCUGGGGCUGAUCAUCCUCCUGCUGUGGAAGUGCGGCUUCUUCAAGCGAGCCCGCACUCGCGCCCUGUAUGAAGCUAAGAGGCAGAAGGCGGAGAUGAAGAGCCAGCCGUCAGAGACAGAGAGGCUGACCGACGACUACUGACGGGGGGCAGCCCCCUGCCCCCAGCCCACCCGGUGUGACUUCUUUAAACGGACCCGCUAUUACCGGAUCAUGCCCAAGUACCACGCAGUGCGGAUCCGGGAGGAGGAGCGCUACCCACCUCCAAGGAGCACCCUGCCUACCAAGAAGCACUGGGUGACGAGCUGGCAGACUCGGGACCGAUACUACUGACGUCCUUCCUGAUUUCACCCCUGCUCCCCCCAUGCCCCUUCUAUUUAUCAUAAGUUAUGCCCCUGACAGUCCACAGGGGCCACUGCCUUUGGCUGGCACCAUCAGGUGCGGGCACACACAGCUCUUCAAGCACGUGCGUGUGCUGUUUGGCCACAGGCUUCUCCCCACAGGAGGGCUAGGGCCAUGGCCCCACAGUGCUGAGCAUACCGAAGCCCUGUGCCCUGGACACAUGGGGGUCCCGUCACUUGUGGCCUAUGCUGUGCACUGUGGAUGGUGCAUGGACGUGUGUCUCUGCCUCUGCCUGUGCCAAAAUCAAGCCAGAGGCCUCCACCAGAGCCAGGAGGAAAAGGCCUGCACUGUGGUGACACCCUCCCCUGAUUCACACUGGACCCAUCUUGAGCCAUAGUCACUGGAUUGACUCUGCUAUUAAGACUAAAACUACUGACAGGGAACAGGGCACCAGGCCCCCAGUCGAAGCUCCCGGUAGUUGUGCCAGAGUGGGCCCGCCUCAGGUUUGCUCACGGUGGCGUUUGCAGGACCUGGCAUGCUCAGACCCAUGAGCAGAGUGAACUAGAAGGAAGGUCCUGGGAUGGCUUUCCUUCUCUGUGAAGCUUCUCCUUGGAGGAGACUGCAUUCUGGCAAGGAACGCAGUCUGAAGGAAGAAAUACAGACAAGCCACCGGACAGCCUGGCAGACUGCAGCGGGACUUCCCUGGGAGCACAGUGGAAUGCUCAACAGAGGAGAGGACCAGUCCUGGACCAAGGAGCUGUUGGAAGGCUAGAGGAGAUACCACUUCUCACUGACCACUACCAUCCAGGCCCCUGAAGGCCCGGAGGGACCACCCUCACCCCCACCCAGACAAGAUCGUGGAGGGAGCGACGCUUGAAUGUAGAACAGGGAGGGAGCCCUGUCCCUGCGCCAUCGGCUGGAACCUAUUCUGCCCUCACUGACCAUGGGUAGGGGACCUAGAAGUGGAGUUCUUGGCUGUCCUUGGCUUUCAGAGCCAACUUAGCUCUGCCUCCUCCCCCACUGGCUAAGUUCUAAGGCCCAUUCUAGAACUUGAGGCUGGUUCCAGGAAACCUCUCCUGACCCCUGCCUUUUGGCAGUCCCCCUUUCCAGUCCUUCCAUGGUACUGUAGCAGGGAGCUCCCUCCCCCUCCUUGUGCCUUCUUUGUAUAUAGGCUUCUCACAGCAACCAAUAAACAGCUCCCGGUUUGUA